UUCCUCGUCGUGUUUAGUUUGGGUUAAGCCCGGCGCGUAUGAGUGUGAAAAAGAGAUCAACAACAUAGAGAGAUAGAGAAACAGCGCAUAACACAAAUACAAGAGAAACUUUCCAACUAUGAGGUUGACGGUGUCGAGGAGCGAAGGGUCGAGGAUGCAGAAAGCCGGAUCGAUGCGGACGGUGUCCAUCGAAGAGGAACCCUUUUAAUGCGUCUGCAUCAGAACAUUUGAAGGAUGGUAGAUGGAAACAGCAGUUGUCCGGAGGAGCCGGUGGCUGUGUACAACAUCAGCCUAGGCUUCACCGCAGCCGUUCCCGAAUGGGAAGCCCUCCUCACCAUCUUCACGCUUACCAUGAUCAUAAUCCUGACGGUGAUCGGUAACAUUUUAGUUAUCCUGAGCGUCUUCACGCAUAAACCUCUGAGGAUUGUACAGAACUUCUUCAUCGUAUCUCUGGCUGUAGCUGAUCUCACCGUGGCCAUCCUCGUGCUGCCAUUAAACGUAGCGUACUCGAUCUUAGGAAGAUGGGUUUUCGGUAUUCACGUCUGCAAGAUGUGGUUAACAUCAGAUGUAAUGUGCUGCACUGCAUCGAUCCUCAAUUUGUGUGCAAUAGCUUUAGAUAGAUUUUGGGCUAUAACGGAUCCCAUAAACUACGCGCAAAAGAGAACUUUGAAGAGAGUUCUUUUGAUGAUAGCCGGAGUUUGGAUUCUCUCAUUGAUAAUAAGCUCACCGCCUUUGAUCGGUUGGAACGAUUGGCCCGAGCCGGACGUGUUCGAAAAGGAGAGCAUCUGCAAACUAACGGAACGACAAGGCUACGUUAUUUAUUCCUCGCUGGGAUCUUUCUUCAUUCCUCUCUUCAUCAUGACCAUAGUUUACGUGCAGAUCUUCAUAGCAACCAGAAGACGGUUGCGGGAAAGGGCGCAGGCUUCGAAGAUAAGCGCGAUCUUAUCGAAGAAUCCGGUGAAGAGCAGCAACAAGCAUCAGAAUCAGGAUAGGGAAUCGGUGAGCAGCGAAACCAACCACAACGAGACGGAACACGCGAUUAACAAGAGCAAGGAUAAGAGGGCGAGGAAAGCGAAGAAGAAACGGAAAAGCGAGAACGAAAACAACGAGAAAUCCAUCUACCUGAAACCUGUACUUGUUAGGGAGGAUUCCUUCACCGACAACGCCGAUUGCUCUUCCGGAUCGCAGCGAAAGAACUCGUUGAACCCGUGCACUUCCGAUAAAGACGUAAUCCCGAACACCACGAGCACCUCGGUGAAAUCCGAGUCGCCGCAAUCGAAAAUCGUAAGCUGCAAACCAACGCCGCCGCCGGAGAUCAUCCCGAAGAAACCGGGAGUCGUGUACCAGUUCAUCGAAGAGAAGCAGAGGAUUUCCUUAUCCAAAGAACGCAGAGCCGCUCGAACUUUGGGCAUCAUAAUGGGCGUUUUCGUCGUCUGCUGGCUCCCAUUCUUCUUGAUGUACGUCAUAAAUCCGUUCUGCUCGAGCUGCUGUCCUUCCGGCCGCUUGAUCAACUUCAUAACGUGGCUGGGAUACAUCAAUUCCGCACUGAACCCCAUAAUCUACACCAUCUUCAAUUUGGAUUUCAGAAGAGCUUUCAAGAAACUACUCGGAAUGCGACCUUAAACAUUUCACUUAAUCUUUAGUUUCAAGACUGAUCACUAGUGUGUUUUUAUUUAUUUAAAUUAUUUAUAAUAAACAUACACAAAGUAAACAAAACAAAAACAAACAAAAAAACACGAAAACUACAUUGUAAAUACGACCUGUAAUUAAUUUGUAAGUUUGUUUUAAGUCGAAUUAUAAGAAUAACGACAUUCCAAUUAAGAAAAGAAAAAAAAAACGUUUAAGCACAAACAAAUUUGUAAUUUAGUAAUCCGGUUUCUUAGCAUUACUGAGCCCAAUGUUAAGAAACCGAAAACGAAUUAAGAAUACUUAAGUAAAAAAAAAUAUGAAAUUAGACGAUUAAGACUCUUUAGCGUGUUUAAUUUAAUUGGAUAUAUAUACUUAAGUGUACGUACUUGUAAGGUUACUUAUUGGAUAGGAUAUUAAGGCAUUGAUAUUCGUAGUUUGUAUUAAACACUAAGGAGUAACGAUGUUUCUGUUUUUCGUUCAAUUUAUUUUUAUUUUUUAUAUAUAUUCGUAUUUACAUGAUUAUUUCGCAACUUUUUAUCGACGAAUUAUAUAAAUAAAUAUAUAUAUAUUCAAUGUUAUUUGCUCAAAUGAUUGAACGAUGUGGGGAACGAAGAUGAUGUACAGAUUUUAAAUGGUGAUGAUUGUAAUGGAAAUGCGGAGCGACGUUUAUUUUCUA